CGGAAAUCCCAGCCGCCGAUUCGAACUAUCCACCGGAGCGGCCCGGUAUCCUGGUAACCCCCAGCACCACCCACGAGAUCGACAGAAACUCAGCGCUAACUAAUUCACGUGAUCUGUUUAUUCCUGACUUCUGUGGAGCAUUUUUUAAAAUCUUGCUCCUCCCUCAUUUUCAGAAUAUAUAGCAGAAUCAAGUUCAUGACAUCAGGCCUCAUACCACAAGGGAUUAUGGUUACAAGGCGUACAGGGUUAUGAACUUGAGAGCUCAAGAACUUAAGGAUACUAUACGUGACAGUGACUUAAGGUACAUAAGUUCGUUCAAGGAAUCUACUAAGGACACAACUUCGUGAGAUUAUACGGUAACACGCUUCAGGGAUAGCAGUUAGCACAAGUUGGAGAGCAUCAAGUUAAGAUACCAGUGGCAUUAAGAAAGUAUCAACACCAGUACAGUGUGUCUUUAGAAAUCGGAUACGCCUGUUACGAAUUUCGUUAAGACUCUAAAGAAUUCUUUUCGUUUGGAUAACGGUGCGUCUCGUGAAGAGAUUUCGUUUCCCAAUAUUCUCCAAAAGUGUAUCAGGAGUUUGAGUACACCCUAAAGAAAAGCAUCAAAUUGAUCCAUCCACGCACGAUCUUGCAGGAAGUUUCUUCAGUAAUCUUCGCUAGGAAGUCUUUCUGGUUUUGUUCUCUUAGCUACUCGGAGUCUUGAGCUUUGGAAUUUCAAGUUUGCAAGGGGAACACAGCUUUCACCACGAGGUUUUGGCGCAAAUAAUAUGCUUGAGUGAGGCGUGGAAUACAUUUAGAUUUUGACAGUGCUGCGUCGAGCUGAUGCAAAUUGCUUGGAACUUUAAUCUGAUACAUGUCCUACUUGACGAUUUCUGGCGGUAAAUUAGGUGACCGUGACGGUGUAAGCUUCAGCAUUGGUGUUCGAAAGCUUCGAUGAAGUGGAUAGGUGUUUGGAGCGCACAGGAAAGCAACAUUUGACAUUCUGAAUUGAUUCCAGGGGUUAAUACUCAGAGGAACCCUUGAUCUUUGGGUCUACUAAGCGCACGGUUUUCCGGCGUACAUGGCGCCGAAAGUUGCAUUCUGUGGCAUGAAAGCACUCUAAGUAACAUUGAAUGCGAGAUAUUUACUCGAGUGACCCGUCACCGACUUACGUUAAGUGAGCUUUCACAUCAGUUAUCGCAAGCGCAGGCUAUUUUCUAAUUUACACACCAUACAUCCAUGCUUACGUACGAAUAUUGAUUACUGUUGUAGUCAGGGGGUGGCGUGCUAUAUCUCGGUUUUAUGACACAAAUAUAGAUCUUGAAUAUCUAUAUAAUAUAUACUCGUACCGGUAUUGAUAAACAUAUAUGCUAUGGCACAAGAGCAGAUAUUAAACUACCGCAAGACUGGCAUCUUUAAAGCUAUAGAACGCGGGGAUUUAGUAAAAGUCGAACUCCUCCUAGACGGGAUUCCGGUGGACCAAGUCCAGCAGUUGCUGACGAGUCGCUACGAGACUACGUUGCUGUUACGUCGUCCCUCCAAUGCCCGGGAGUAUUAUGUCAAGUUACCGACGCCGCUGAUUAUGGCCACGGCAGAGUGGUAUACAGAGAUAUUGGAGUAUUUAGCGAGUUAUAAAUUCGGGCUGGAUCAGUGUGCUGACGUGGAGGAUAUGAGUAACUCCCCGACUGUGUACGCAGAUGUCCCGGCGCUGUGUUUGGCCGCGAUGACCGGGAAGCUCAAGAUGGUGCAGAGUCUGGUCAGCCACGGCGCGACCGUAAAUCAACAAACGAGCAUCGGCGACACAGCGCUUUUUGAAUCGUGUUUUGAAGGCCACCUGUCGAUUGCGCAAUACUUGAUCCAAAGUGGUGCCAGUAUAGAGCUGGCGAACAAGAAGAAGAUUACACCGCUGAUGAUUGCGAGUUACGCGAAUAAUUUCAGCAUUGUGAAAAUGCUGGUGAAUUUAGGAGCGAACGUCAACAAGCGGGAUGAGAAAGGACGGAAUGCCGGAUUCUAUUGCGUCCCUGCUGGGAACUUGUCAACUUUUCAAUUUCUUGUUGAAAAUGGCGCCAGCGUUCAACCGGAUGCAAGCGGAAUGACUGUCCUCAUGGAGGCAGCACAUCACGGCCAUUUUGAAAUGGUGAAAUACUUCGUGGAGAAUUCGGAGAAGUUAGGAUUGGAUGUGAACGCGUUCGAUGCUAAAGGUAGGAAUACACUCUUCUAUUGUGCAGAGGGAGGGCGUGAUGAUAUAUUUCAGUUUCUGGUUACCAGAGCAACCACGAUCCGGCCAGCAGACGACGGAAGUACCAUCCUGAUGGUGUCGGCCUUGAAAGGUCAUCACCAGAUGGUGCAGUAUCUCCUUGACAACACGGAGAACCUUGGCAUCGACAUCAACAGGAAGGACAACAAGGGCAGAAACUGCCUGUUCUACUGCGUGUCCGGCGGAAAUAUUGACAUUUUUGACAACAUACUCCGCCAUGACGCCUUGGUCGUGGCCAGCGAUGACGGGGUCACACUUCUUAUCCAAGCGGCGGGAAAAUCGGAGGUCGCAUUCGGCCAGCAUCUUCUAGAUCGCGCCGAAAAUAUAGGUUUAGAUGUCCAUGCGAAGGACAAAGAUGGCUGGAACGCACUGUUUUAUUGCAUAGCGAGUGGAAACAUGGAACUGUUUACACAAAUAAUGCACAAAGGGGUGAAACCUAGUAUUGCAUUGGAUGGGCGAAACCUAGUUAUGCAAGCAGUUGUUAAGGGCGACAUGGAAAUCAUCCGCCAUGUUUUGGUGUGCGCGCCAAAAUUUGACAUUGACUUGAACGAAGUGGAUGACGAAGGAAGGAACGCCCUGUUCUAUUGCAUUCCCGGGGAGGAAUUCGAGGUUUUGAACUUCUUGUUAGAAAAUGGCCUCAGCCCGAUCCUUGCUAACGACAAUACAACACUUUUGAUGCACGCGGCUGAAAAAGGCAAAACAAACUUCUGUAGCUAUUUACUCGCGCAUGCGCAGGAGUUAGAGCUGCACGUGGACCAGAUGGAUUCGGAGGGUAGAAAUGCGUGUUUCUACGCCGCGAAAGGCGGGUACGUUUCCACUCUUGAUAUGUUAUUGUCACGUGGCGCAACCGUGAAUAGCUCUGUUCAAGGUCGAAGUCUCCUGAUCGAGGCUGCUUCCAGAGGUCAUGUCAAGGUCAUAGACUACCUAUUGGAGCAUCACCGCGAAAUAUUCUUGGACAUUAACCAAAAGGACGCUGACGGGAAGACCGCAGCGCUUCAUUGCCUUGAGGGAGGAUAUUUGGAAGCAUUCAAAUUGCUACAUCAAAAAGGAUGUACCGUAUCGGCGGAUAAAAAUGGAGUUACGGCUCUAAUGAUCGCCGCGAGCCAGGAUGAGGACUCCAGCCUCCGAUUCAUACUCAACAAUAUCGCGGAGUUGAAAAUAGACAUCGACGCGGUGGAUUCCAACGGCGAGAACGCGCUCAACUACGCCAAGAAAGCGAAAAACACCAAAGCAAUUGUGGGACUUCUCACCGCGGGGAUUUCGCUUCUCGUCUCAAGCGGUGGAUACAAUAUUCUGUUGGACUGCAUGAAACUGAAGGACUAUGACGUCAUGAAUUGUUUGCUAGCUUCCGGGAUUGAUUUGACCGAACCUGUGAAUUCUCGAGAUAGUUUCGGUUUGAAUUCGCUCCACUAUUGCCUUGAUAUGGAGAAUCUAAAGUUGUUGGAGACGCUGGGGAAGUACUAUGACCCGUACGCGGAUGCCGACAAUGAGGGGGUCACCUUGCUCAUGAAGGCGUGCCGGCAGACCAACCUAGACAUCAUCAAAUACAUCGUGGAGGAUCUCUAUGUUGACGUCCACUGCAAAGACAACACGGGCCGAAAUGCCCUGAUGCACAGCGUUGAAGCCUCGCAGAUCACUAACAUGAAAUAUCUUCUCGCAUUCGGCGCCAUAUUUGAAAAUGACAACUCUGGCAGGACGCCAAUAAUGGCUGCGGUACAAGCGGACGACACCGCAGUGCUCACGCAUCUUUUGAAAUACAACUUCCGGAAACGCGACGCCAUUGUUGACAAGGACAAAAAUGGUAAAAACGCGGUUCACUAUUGCGCAAAAUCGAAAUCUGAGGAAACUUUUAAACUUUUGAUAAAAUACAAAUGUCAUUUAGACGCGGAGGACCAUUCUGGAGAAACGGCGCUUAUGGGAGCCUCCAGAAACGCAAAUCUAGUCAUUGUUCGUCUCCUGAUUCAAAAUGGUGCCUUCCCAAAUGCUAAGAAUAAACGGAACCGGAACUCCCUCCAUUACUGCUUCGAAAACGAGGCACCGACACUUCCGGUCGUGAAGCUGUUGGUGGAAAGCGGAUGUGACCCAAACCAGCGUGAUGAAACCGGAAGCACUCCUCUGAUGCUGGCCGUGAAGCAUGAUAAUUUACGACCAAUCAAAUACCUGCUAGAAAAUGGUGCCGAUCCGACGAUGCAGAACAAUGAAGGAAGAGACGUCAUGGCACUCUGCCCACCAGAGCGUCAUGUGAUCAAAGUGCUUCUUGGGAAAUACACAGCCCUCGGCCUCUGGAACUACAUAGGCCUCAAAGCCAUGGACAAGAGGCACCAAGCCAUCCUCGACCGCCAUCUUGACACCAUGAAGUCAGAGGUCAAGGCCAACUUGCUGCUGCCAUAUUUGAUUGACCAAGGCAUCGUCAGUGCGCAGGCGCUAACGGAACUGGAACGAGAGGAAGUCGAAACGACCAAGAUGGAUCGUCUGGUGUCGAUGUUGACCAAGAAAGGACCUCGUGCCUUCGAUGUUCUGUGCAGUGCAUUGAAGAACAAUUAUGAGACUUUGGCAUAUGAGUUGAUGACUGAAUCGCAGGGUGGGGACGAGUUUUAUGUAUAGCAAGGGUAAUGAAUUGGCGUGAAACUUUGGAUGUUUUGUAAGCUUAUGUUUUAUGUUUUGCCCAAUAUUUUGACCUCUUGCGAAUCUGCGGAGGAGUCACCAAACUUCGCUUCAUAAUAGUAACAUUGUCUGGUUCAGCCCGCAACCGUAUCGGGAUUCUUCUUUGCCGAAAGGGCUAUGAACAAGACGCAAAGAUCAUUGUUCACAUUCGCAAUCAAUGAAAAAUGCAAUGCCUUUCAUCUCGCAUCUAUUAACGAAGUCUGUCUCACAGAAAUUAUUUCGUUGCCAUGGUGACAUUUGAAGCAUAGGCCUAGCCUUAUGAAGAAUUUCCAAUUAUUCGCCUGAUAACAAAUUCUUCCGAUGAUAAAGCAUUGAGUGCUUUAACCCUUUGUGCAACUACAGCAGCUUACCAACUAAUUUGUGUGUUUGUGAUCUGACCAGUAGGUCCAAUUUAAAUCACCUGUAAAAAAACGAACAAUUCAUUUCCAAAGAUUGGGCUACAUACGAUUCACGAGGUCACAUUUCACUCUCACGUCGUGUUUCCAAGCCUGAGUCAGUGAACACGUGACAAGUGAAACAUGGCAAGAGACAAUGUGAAUCCGAUAUAACUCCGGCCUUAUGGUCUGGAUGACCGUCGCAGAGAAUGAUAUCGGCCGAUUUCCCUAUCAACGUGGUGUGAUGUCGACUUGCCAAUAGGAAUUGGUAUUACAGUAGAAAAUAGACUACCACGCCAUCUGCCUUAUGAAAAUUAAACCUGAAAGUUCACAGAAGCAAAAGCAAGCAAAUGUGACGUCGUGCUAAAUUGGUACCCAAAAUCCAAGUUUCCUCUCAACGGAAUGAACCAAUUUAACUACUGUGUUGUUUUUUUUCUCUCUCUAGGAAACAAAACAAGUUAAGUUUCUUGGACUCAUCGUCCUUGUUCGCGAGUGUAUGUUUGUUGUAUCACGUGAUCAAAUGCAUAAUCACGAAAUUAAGCCAUGCAAUAAUAAUGUAUAUACAUGUACUUAUAUGAAUGUCCAACGCAUAAACUUCGUAAUCACAUUUACCGAGACUUGUAUAAUCGAGAUUAAUUGAUUCACUCUCCGUUUGUAUCGCGUAAAUGUCGUCGAGUGAAAAAGCAAUUCCAGAUUUCUAGAUUAGUACGUGAUGUACCACGAGGCGGCGGCAUCUGACCACGAUUUUUGCGCAUCCUGUCGGUAAAACUUAUAACUAUUCCAUGAUUGUCGUUGAUCUCAAAACACAUGUUUGCAAUAAGGUAAUUCUUCCUGAUAAUAAAUUGGAUGCAAUAUGAA